CGAACACUACCGAAGCCAAACAACAAUAACAAUCCGCCUCUGCACUGCUCUCUCUCUCUCUCUCUCUCUCUCUCUCUCUCAGAUUCCCAUCGCAUUUUCUUCUCUCGUCGACCCUCUACUUCUCCAUCCAUAUAAACUCUCUCUCUCUCUCUCUCCCCCCUCGUUUCUGCCGAUUUUCUCUCUCUACAGUCAGCCGCCGCCGCAACGCAUUCAUACAAAUUCUGCGACAAUCCGCUGAUCUAUCGCGGCCGACGACUUCGGUAUCCGGUGAUCCGUUUAACCGGUGACAUCUCUUUUAUUUUUUAUUUUUUAUUUUUUUUGGGUAAGUUAAAUUUAUUUCACCAAAACAAACACAACCCUUACAUCAAUUUGAAUUUUUUAUUGUUCGGCAAUCAAAGUUGGGAAAAACUAGGGUUUUGUUUAGAAUUUAACUUCUUCCUGUUUUGCUGUAUUCGUGCUGUUGUACGAUUAUGCUGCCCUGGAGUAGUUCGCGUCACAAGUUAUCACCAACGGCGCAAUCUAAGUUCCAAGGGUACUGAAGAGCAAACUAGGGUUGAGGAAUCUAUUUGAAAUUGUUAUUGUUUGGGGAUAAGGGUUGAGAAAACUAGGGUUUUGGAUUUGAGUUUUUCUUUGGUUGGUUGUGUUGGUGCUGUUUUACAACUAUGCCCCGGAGUUCGCGACACAAAUCGCACAAACAGAGCAAACACGGUUCCAAAGAGGGUAAAGAGAACUCGGGAUCGGAAAAAGAGGAUGUGAAGAAGAUGAAGGAUAGGAACAACAGUGAAGGUUCAGUUAGGGUUUCUAGGGAUUUGGGUUCGAGCGAGAAGCGGAAACUCAGUUCGUCUGGUCGCGAUAAUGGCGGUAUGGAGGGAGAGUAUGUGGCUUCCAAGAGGCGUAAAGAGAAGGCCGAUGAUAGGUGGACUGGCGGUGGGGAUGCAGAAGACAGCGGUGCAACAGUAGUGAAAGGAGAAGUUUUGAGGAUUGAUGGGGAGAAUAAGUCGAAACCCUUGGUUGAUUCGAAGAGGGUUGAGGGAGAGAAUAAGUCGAAACCUUUGGUUGAUUCAAAGAGAGUUGAGGGAGAGAAUAAGUCGAAACCUUUGGUUGAUCCGAAGAGGGUUGAGGGAGAGAAUAAGUCGAAACCUUUGGUUGAUCCGAAGAGGGUUGAAGGAGAGAAGUCAAAACCUUCGGGGGAUUCUAAGAGUAAAAGCAGUAGAAGGCACGAAAGUGGUAGUGAGAAGAAAGAUGAGAAUGUGGGUUUAUUAGCGGAGAAAGAGGAGAGUAAGAGUAGUACAAGCAGAGUUGAUUCGAAGAGGAAGUCUGAAAAAGAUUCCGGGCCAAAAGAGGUGCAGCAGAAUAAGGAUUCAAAGGAUAAGGAUUCGAAAGACAAGGAACGGGGAUUAGAGAGGGAGAGGAAGAGUAUUCAGGACAUUAAACGCGAAAAGGAGGCUGCUACUGUUGACGUUGAAGCGGCUAGGAAACAAGGGGAAGAGCGACAAGGAAAACGCGGUAGAGAAAAUACGGAGUAUCCUCUACAGGAUGAGGUACGGAAUCCUGAGCUAGAGAAGGAACUCGAGAGACGUAUGAGGAAGAGAGGAGAUGGCUCUACUGAUAAAGAUAAAUAUCAUGAUGUUGCAAAAGAAAGUGAAGAUGGACGACUAUCUUCAAGGGGAGAGCGUGCCAAGGAUGGAAGGCACAAGGAUGAAAAGCAUAAGGAUGGAGGUUCUGGAGAUAAGCACCGCGAAGAUAGUGAGAGAGGUAGUAGACACAGAGAUGACAAGUAUAGGGAAAACGCUGAGAGAGAUGGAAGACACAGGGAUGUUAAGUAUCGUGAAGAUGGUGACAAAGACUAUAGACACAAGGACAAUAAAUACCGUGAAGAUGGUGAGAGAGAGAAUAGGCACAAGGAUGAAAAGUUCCGCGAAGAUAGUGAGAGAGAUAAUAGGCGCAAGGAUGAUAAGUACCGUGAAGAUGUUGAUAGAGAUAGAAGACAGAGGGAUGAUAAGUACCGUGAAGAUGGUGACAGAGAAAAAAGACAGAGGGAUGAUAAGUACCGUGAAGAUGGUGACAGAGAUAUUAGACAUCGGGAUGAUAAGCAUCGUGAAGAUGGUGAUAGAGAUUAUAGGCAUAGGCGUGAUAAGUACCAUGAGGAUGGGGAAAGAGAUAAUAGACGCAGGGAUGACCGGCAUGUGGAAGAUGGUCACAUGGAUGGCAAAACCAGGGAAGAGAAGAAUUGGGAAGACAUUGGUAGAGACAGUAGAUACAGGGAGGGAAUGCAAAGAGAAGAUGAUGAGAAAGAUAAGAAGCUUCGGGAUGUUGACUACCGGGAUGAACAGUCCUCUAGAGAUCGCACAAGUGCUAAGUCUGAUAUCAAACAUUUGAGGGAUGAAAAUAAUGCUGCAGCAGAACUACAUCACAGGAAAUUGAAUAAUCGCGAUGCUAGCCCAAUUUUUGAUGAUCAGAGUUCCAGAUACAAAGAUGAUAAAGGAAGGAGGAGAACCAGUGAUAGGGAGGACCAUGGUGAUUUCAGAUCCCGUAGUAAUAUCAAAGAGCAAAAUUAUGAAGGAGAAAAGAGAUCUUUGAGCAGUAUGAGAGUAGAUUUGGUUGGUGAUAGAGGAAGAUCUAACUCACAUAACACCGCUUUGGAGGUUAGUGCGAACCACAGUAGACGGAGGAAUUCUCCUGGCUCUAGCUCUCAUGCCAUAAAAGAUCAUUACAGGAUUCCAAAGCAUGAAGAAUCAAGGAGUAGGGACUAUAUUCGUGAAGAGAGAAUUAGGCAUAAUGUAACCUCUAGCAAGGAGUACGCUGAAAAGGCUCCAUUGUCUCGGUCUAUUGAUAAAACCCUUCACAAGGAUGAUGUCCGUUUGGUUGAGUUUUCUGCUGAAAGGCAUCCAAAGGAAGAUGCUCACUCUUCGCCCUUACAUUUGGUGGAUAUAUCACCAUCAUCCACAAGUACUGACCGCAGACAGUUGAAUAGAUCCGGCGUUAGGCGAAAUCUUGAUAUUGAGGACUCAGGGCAGAGAAGUGGUGGUUCAAGAGAUGCAAAGAGCCCAUCUCAAACAGAUGGGGACAACAAGUCUGUAUCUUCACCUUUUAGUAGAACUGGUAACUUCUCUAAUAAUCCCAGGUCCCUUCUUCCUCCUCCACCCCCCUCCAGAAUGGGGGCUGACAGCCCCCUAGUUUCGGGCUCUUUUGAAGACGACAAUAGAAGUAAGCCAAACAACCGUCAUAGGAGGAUUGGCGAUCCCACCAUCGGAAGAGCACAAGGAAGUCCUUGGAGAGGUGUCCCCAACUGGUCUUCCCCUGUGCCAAAUGGCUACAUUCCGUUCCAGCACGGCCCAACUCAAGUUUUCCAUCCAGUUAUGCAGCAGUUUCCUGCUCCUCAUAUGUUCGGUCUUAGACCUCCUCCAAUGGAAUUGAACCAAUCUGGGGUUCCUUACCAUGUCCCUGAUGGUGAUAGAUUCUCUGGGCAUGGGCGUCCGCAUGGUUGGCGGCAUACGGUGGAUGAUCCCAUCCAUGGAUGGGAUGCAAGUAAUGCUGUUUAUGGAGAUGAACCUCAUAUCUAUGGGAGACCGAGUUGGGACCAGAAUAGUAGAAACAUUACAGGUGGUCGGGGGUGGGAGACAAGUAAUGGAGCCAUGUGGAAAGGGCAUAACAGUGGUCCAAGCACAGAGUUGCCAUCUUCACUAGAUAUAGGUGAUUAUUUAACUCGUGGACAAGCAGAUGAGGUUUGGUCUGGCCAGUCAGGUCUUAAAGCUCAGAACGAUGAAAAACAUCCCAAUGCUCAGGUGGAGAGCAUGCACGUUGACCAGUUGAAUGACGUUGAAAAGAAUACUUGUGAAACUCCCAAAACUAUUCCUGAGGAGAAGCCCAACCUUCCAAGAAAAGAGGAUACUUGUCCUUCACGUCUUUAUCUUUCCAUGCUUGACAUUUCACCUGAUCUUACGCAACCUGAAUUAUAUAACCAGUACACAAAUUUGGUGGGUAUGGAUCAGAACACUAUUUCUGACGAGGAUGAUUCCAAGUUUUUGCUUGUGGAGGUGGCUAUGGACGCCACAGCAAACCUCUCGAAUAAAAGUUCAUGUGCUUCACUUUUUCCUACCUUGAAUAGUUCUGUUUUGCAGAAAGCCAUGUCCCUGUACAAGAAGACAAGAGAAGAAGUCAGGGCUAUAAAUGGAGAUAAUGUGCCCAUUUUCAAUGUGGAGAAUCUCGUGUCAGCUGUUGCAUUGGAUCAAGAGGGAGCACUUUCAAAUGAUAAACCAGGAGAUGUGGUAGAGUGUGAUCAGCAAGAAGCAGUUUUUGCUUCAGCUUUAAACAAAAUGAAGACAGAAAUGUCUCCUGAAAUCACCACUGAGAAGAUAGACGCACCAGUUCUGGGUGAUGAUCAGGAGAAAUCGGAGGCCGCAAUUGCAGUUCCAAAGAAGGUGAAAGUGGAGGUUGAUCUGGUUUCGCAGCAGCAGGGGACACUGAAUUCCGUUGUGGAAGACAAAUCUUCUUCUCCAGAAAAUGUAGAAAGAUCCGAUGCCCGUUCACCUUGUAAGGUUGAAGAGGUGAAUGAGGCUAGCAACUCCAAAGGCAACUGCUCUAUCGCUAAUGAUGUUAAUUGUGGUCUCUCGCUUUUUCCUGACGUUUCUAAGGAGGCAGUGAUGCCAGAGUCGGUCGAGUCUGAGUCAGUAAAUUUAAGUCGGAUACAUCAAUCUCCUGAAAGUACACAUUGAGACAAUUUAUUUGCGCUGCAAGUUUUUGAAAUGCCUUUCGUUCGUUUUGAAAUAAUGCAGUCUAUAAUGUCGUCCAUGCUUGCUGCAUUAUCUUUAGUUCGUUAAUAAAACUUGUGUUCUUCAA